AUGGUGACCAACAACAAGCAAAGCAAAGAAGAUAUUCAAGUCUUAAGGAAAAUGGGUAUCCCGGAAUGGUUAUUACAACCUACCAUGGUAACACCUGAUCAAUCUUGUUCUUUGGACUCAGUAGGUCUUUCUCCCAGCUUGGUGAUGCGAUGUCAAGAUCAAGGAUUAUCCUCUUUUUUUGCAGUACAAAUGAAAGUGAUUCCUGCUUUCUUACGACGACAAACUUUUUAUGAUACAAGACGUGCUCCUGGUGAUUUAUGUAUUUCAGCACCUACUGGUAGUGGCAAAACUUUGGCCUAUGUUCUUCCUAUUGUGGAUAUCUUAUCAAAACGACGAGUGACUAGACUACGUGCUCUUAUUGUUCUGCCUACUCGUGAUUUGGUAAUUCAAGUGAAGGAAACAUUUGAUGCAUUUGUUCAAGGAACAGAUCUAAAGGUUGGUAUUGCUUUGGGACAGCAUUCAUUAUCACAAGAACAAUCAGGUCUAGUUGGAAAAACGGAUCAAAUAUAUGAAGGUGGGUUAUCAAAAGUGGAUAUUCUUAUUGCAACUCCUGGAAGAUUGAUGGAUCAUUUGAAGAUGACACCCAAUUUCACAUUACAACAUCUUCGAUUUUUGGUGAUCGAUGAGGCGGAUCGAUUAUUGAAUCAAAGUUAUCAAGAUUGGUUGAAUCAUAUUCUACAGUCCACUCAACCUCAAACGAACAAGGAUAAGUCUGGUUUGACUUUUAAAACAGAUCCAUUUGGUGUGAUCGAAUCUGAUGCUGUUGCUCCUAGUUUCAUGUCCUCUUGUUUUGACCUACCCAUAUCUGAUAUUGAUUUACCAAAAGCUCCUGCUGUUCAAAAAUUACUAUUUUCGGCCACUUUGACCAAAGAUCCUGGAAAGAUUGCUGGUUUACAUUUAACGGAUCCUGAAUAUAUCUCUGUACAACAUGAUAAUGACGAAACAAAUCAACCUCAAUACACAACCCCAGCUGGAUUGAAGGAAUAUAUGUUGACAUGUCCAUCUGCCAAGAAACCAUUAUUUUUGAUCUAUUUACUGCAUCAUUUGAAAAUCAAGUCUGGUCUUUGUUUUACGAAAUCGGUAGAAUCUACUCGACAAUUACAAAUAUUGUUAGCAGCCUAUGUCAAACAACAAGAGUUAGAUAUCAAUGUGGUUGUCUAUUCUAGUGAUCUUAAGCCAGCUCAAAGGAAAUCAUUAUUAAAGGAAUUCAAAGAAGGAAAAAUUAACUUAAUGAUUUGUUCUGAUUUGAUCGGUCGUGGUAUUGAUUUGGAUUGUGUUGAAGUGGUAAUUAGUUAUGAUGUUCCUUUAUUUAUGGACAAAUAUAUUCAUCGUGUGGGACGUACUGCUCGUGCUGGAAGGAAUGGUCAAGCAUUUACUUUGGUGGAAACUCAAGAAGCAAGACAUUUCAAAGAAAUGAUUCGAAAAGCAGGCCAUUCUCAACAAUUGGAACGAUUUAUUGUGGACAAGGAACAAAUGCAAACUUUUGAAGAAGGAUACCAAUCUGCGUUGGCAGAAACAAGUCAAGAUGAUUAG